AUGGCCGACUCCAGUGCAGUGCAACACCUGGCACGUGCCCAUCAGACCCAUGGUGCCACGGUGGCGCUGCUACCGGCCAUGCGCCGUGCGGCGGCGGCACUGGCGGUGCCCAUGGCCGAUCGCGAGUACCGGCGCGGCUUCUCCGAGAACUACAUCAUGCUUUUGAGCGAUGAGUACUACCGCCCAGAGAUCUUGUCAGCGGCAUUGGUGCAGGAGCACGAUCUUUGGGUCAACGGUCAUCUCCACCAGCUGGCCGAAGCAACUUUGGGCAAAGGUCGCGUGUUAAAGAACUGCUUCCUGGACAUUUGCAGCUUGCUGACGGACUGUGGCCGCGUCUCCACCGUGACAGGGCGCUAUCCCUUGAGUCGCUUGCGUAAUUCUUUGUCGGCCUUUGAAGCUAUGUGGGUCCAGUUCGAAGAAGCUUACAUCAAAGAGCUCAUCUACAUUGAGGAAUUAUCGAAAAAACCAUUGAAGGAAGCAAUCUUUUUGGAGUUUGACCUUCUUGCCGUGGAGUUUCCCGCAAGCAAAACGCAGAGUGAGCCACCAAGCGCAGAGAUCGCCAAUGAUGACAGUCACAGCGACAAUGUGGAGACUGCUUCCCAGCUUUCCUUGCCAAAGAGCCGCCGCAGCUCCUCUUCAUCUGAGUUUCAAAGAUCCAGACAUCACACACUCUCUGAUGAGCUUCCGCCCACUCGUUGGCGUGCCCUUGGCCGAAAAGUGCCCUUGAGCGAUUUGCAGCACUUGGCACUCUCAGCCUGUAGCUGGUCCCAGAACACCACGCAGAGAGAGUGCUUGGAACGGUUGGUCAGGCAAGUGGCCAUCCUGAACAGCUGCGCGAACAUGCGGGGCAAGGGCCGGGGUGAUUUGAGCAUCGAAGUCCUGGAAGUGGCGGCAGAUGUGUACCUGUCAAAGGAGACUUCGCAGUCACAGAAAGUUCACAAGACAUUGGCAGAGAUGGUCUUGAGCGGCUUUCUGGAGCUCCGGCACUAUCUCCACAAGGCCUCGCAGCGGAUGUUGUGGAUCGAUCCGCAACUCUCCAACAACUCUGAGUUGGAGAGGUGUCUGGUGGCCUGGGAGGAGGCUUGGGAGCUGGGACAGAUCUUUCUUCUUCACUUGGACACCAGGAAUGCCUUUUGCGCAGUAGCUGCAGCGGUGGCCCAGAUUCAGGAGACCCAUGCUGGAUUUCUGAAGCUGGUGGAAGAUCAGGAUGCGGAGCUCUUCCUGAUUUUGCCGCGCCUCGUGAUCCUGAGCGGUCUUUGGGAGCCCUCUUAUGGCGCACUGCUCCACAGUUUCCUGCCCGAAGAGCACUCAACGUGGCCUCAGCUGCAGCAGCAGUUUCAAGACUUGUGCAGCUCGAGCCUCGCGCGGACCGGGUGCGAGCGCUCCUGGGGCUCAUGGGUGUCGCACAUGCUCCACGGGCCAGGCAUCAAGUCGGCAGAAGACGGAGAAGGUUGGAAUGACGCGUUGGACGCGUCCAGGGAAGAAGCGUUCCUUCGCGACGUUGAGGGCGUGAGCAUGCAUCUUCAACGGCAUCAACCGGAGCGCUGGAAUCGCUGCUGUCAUUUGCUCCUGCGCUGCUCGGCGCGGGCCUUUGACUCCUGGGUGCCACCGCAGCCUGGGAUGCUCUCCAUUUGA